AUGGCGCCGCCCACGAGAGCCCGUGGUGGCGGAGAGUCCAAAUCACCUGAACAAUCGGGCAAGCCUUCCCCAUCUAGCGAAGAUAAACAAGUGGAUGGCAAGCGUGAUGAGGCCUCAGUAAAAGCCGAUGAAAAAACGACGACAGAACAGGCCAAACCGCUUGCUCCUCCUCCACGGCCAGGGCAGCAGCCAAAUACAAACAGCCCUGACUAUUUCAGCAACCCGGUUGGCGGCUCGCUCAGCCUGGAGCCCAAUCCCUUUGAACAAUCGUUCAGCGGUGCGCCCCCCGAUACACCAGGAGGCGGCACCAAGCUGCCGUCCGUCGCGGCUCUUACGUCACCCUCAGCACUCCUCCCCGGUGGUGCCACGCCCUUCCCUUGGGGCUCCGACUCCCUGCGGACCGGCAACUUGAGCCCGGCCAUGCUGGCCGGCCCCGCAGCUGACUAUUUUGGGGAUACGCAGCAACUCCGCGUCGGCUUCCCGACGCCGAAUGAGUCGUCGUUGCGGACGGGGCUGACCCCCGGGGGCAGUGGGAGUAUGUUCCCAGCCCCCAGCCCGAAUGCGGGUCUCUUUGGAAGUGUCCCCGCCGCAACGCCGGGCACACUAGACUUCCAUCGUACCGCCGUUUCGGCCGCCAUCAAGCAGCGCGAGCAGUCGCAGGCUCUGCAUCUCCCGCGCCCUGCGGCACCUACAUCGCAGCCACAAGAGACAAUUAGUGGCAUAAUACAACCGUCCAAGCCCGAAUCGAAGUUCGAUCCGCACGAUAAUGAUGCGGCGAACGGUCUCUUCAUGUUGGCACAAGGGCGGGGCGGCACUCAACCGCCGCCUCUUAUUCACCCGCGGUAUUCCGGGAAUCCCAACAACCAAAUCAACGGAGCUCCCUCACUCGCAGGUAGCUCGGUGAGGGCCGUAAGCGAGGCGAGCCCCGUUUCUGAUGAGACUGAGCAGACGCGUCCCAAUACGCGAGCCAGAGGGAAGCGUAGCUCGGGGAACGCAGCGACCACAUCGCGGCGCAAAGCGGAGGAUACGCAAACCAAAGCGCCAGCGGCCAAAAAAUCGAAGACGAAUAACGGGGCUGCGGGGGCGACAAAUGGUCACGAUAGUCACCAUUCGGACGACAGCAACGAUAACAACGGUGGCAAGGAUGGUGCUUCCGGCAAUGGGAAGUCUAAGAUGACUGACGAAGAAAAACGAGCGAACUUCCUGGAGCGUAACAGGGUCGCGGCGCUCAAGUGCCGGCAACGCAAGAAGCAGUGGCUCGCAAGCCUCCAGGCGAAGGUGGAGCAGUUUAGCCGCGAGAACGACGAGUUACAUGGUACGGUCGCGGCGCUUCGCGAGGAGGUUGUUACUCUCAAAACGCUCCUAAUGGCUCAUAAAGACUGCCCGGUCACCCAACAGCAGGGGGCGUCACCAGCUUACAUUCAUCAGUUGGAGGCUGCGGCAUUCAAUGCGAACGCCAUGAACGCUUUCGCCAUUCAGGGCGGGCUGCAAAACCAUCCUGUCAUUCCCGGCCCGCCCAUGGACCGGCGAUUCUCUUAG